UUCUCCCAGGCCAAGAAAGCAGUAAUUAAUAAUAAAAUCAGUAAGAUUACUGUACUAGGCGUGAGUCUUAUUAAUAUAAAAAUAAUUAAAUAUAAUAAAUAUCAAAGCUGUGACAUAAAUUAUAUAUUCUUUACACACUGCUUUGUUCUGGCUAUAGGAAGAGAGAGUUUCCGGAUAUACUAG